CUAAAACCCUAGCACAAUCCUAUUCUCCAACUCCUCUAACAAUCCCUGGGCAGACGCCCUCACCACUCACAGAGUUGAUGCCUCGAAGUGGACGAGGCGAGAACUUUGAGGAAAUCUCUUCUCUCAAUCUUCUUCUUCCACCUGGGAUUUUAAAGUAUUGAUUUUGAUUCCGUACGAUAAAGUUUUCUUUUUCUGGCGAUUUAGCUCAUUUUUAUCCGAUUGCCGUUGGGAAAGAUGGGGGUGAGGGCGGAGAAGAUAAAGCCUGGAAGAAAUUCUGCUUCUUCUGUGGCUGAGGAUGGUUCUGAAGUGAUGGAUGAGAACGUAAAGAAGUACCUCAGAGGAGAACCAGCAAAUUUGGAGGUCUUGCAAGAUAAGAAGUUGAAGGGCCAGCUUGCUGUCAGAGAAGAAUUGUAUGGAAGAUCUGCAAAUGCUGCUGCAAAGGCCGAAAAGUGGCUUAUGCCAAGUGAAGCGGGUUACCUGGAACCUGAGGGGAUAGAGAAGACAUGGAGGAUCAAGCAGGAGGCAAUUGCUCGUGAAGUAGACAUUUUGAGCUCAAGAAAUCAAUAUGAUAUUGUCUUACCAGAUCUUGGACCUUAUACUCUGGAUUUCACGUCUAGUGGUCGUUACAUGGCUUUAGCUGGCCGGAAGGGACACCUUGCUAUUGUAGACAUGAAAACUCUGAAUCUUAUUAAAGAACUACAGGUUAGAGAAACAGUACGUGAUGUAGUAUUCUUGCACAAUGAACUGUUUUUUGCUGCUGCUCAAAAGAAGUAUUCAUACAUAUACAAUCGGGAUGGUACUGAGCUCCAUUGCCUUAAGGAACACGGUGCUGUGCUAAAACUUCAAUUUCUGAAAAACCAUUUCCUUUUGGCAUCUAUAAACAAAUUUGGUCAGCUCCAUUAUCAGGAUGUCACUACAGGGGAGAUGGUUGGUAACUACCGAACUGGCCUAGGUCGAAGUGAUGUUAUGCAGGUGAAUCCCUUCAAUAGUGUGAUUGCUGUGGGCCAUUCCGGUGGCACUGUGAGCAUGUGGAAGCCCACGAGUGCUGCUCCCCUCGUGAAAAUGCUCUGCCAUAAUGGCCCUAUCACGGCUCUAGCGUUCCAUUCCAAUGGCCAUCUCAUGGCUACCGCGGGAAUGGAAAGGAAGAUAAAGCUCUGGGACUUGAGGAAGUACGAGGUUCUCCAAACGUUACCGGGCCACGCCAAGACCUUGGAUUUCAGUCAACAAGGUUUGCUCGCAAGUGCAACGGGAUCUUCUGUCCAGGUUUUAGGAGACCUUUCGGGAUCUCAGAACUAUAGCCGCUAUAUGGGGCACUCUAUGGCUAAAGGUUACCAAAUACAAAAGGUGUCGUUUCGACCAUAUGAAGAUGUUCUCGCCAUCGGGCACUCCAUGGGUUGGUCUUCCAUCUUGAUUCCCGGAUCCGGAGAGCCCAACUUCGACUCCUGGGUGGCGAAUCCUUUCGAAACUUCUAAACAGAGGAGGGAGAAGGAAGUUAAGUCUCUCAUCGACAAGCUUCCUCCAGAGACAAUCAUGUUGGACCCUUCAAAGAUCGGGACUGUGAGGUCUACUAGGAAGAAGGAAAAGCCGACGAAAGAGGAGAGGGAGUCGGGGAUGGAAGCUGCUAUUAAAGAAGCCAAGAGCGUUCCCGUGAAAAACAAAACAAAGGGUCGAAGCAAACCCAGUAAAAAGGCGAGGAAGAAACAGGAAGCCGUUGAGAACGCCAAGAGACCGUUCUUCGAACAACAGAUGAGCGGGGCCGAAUCGUCCAAGAAGAGAACGAGAGCUAGCAAUGACGAUCACCUACCGAAAUCCCUGCAGCGAUUCGUCAAAAAGAGAUCAACAGCAUGAUGACAGUCCAAGUUCUGGUAUUUGUUUAAGUCUCUUUUGGCCUCUCCUGUCCCAACAGGGGGUUUUGUGACAGCCAUGAAGAGAGAUGAAGAUGUAUUCUGUGAAAUAUAAUGUUAAGCUGCCUUCCCCUUUUAGGCUAAACCUGUAUGUGUUACCAACUUUUAAUCCUGUCCCCUUGACUCCAUUAUAGAAUUUUGCUUAGAGAAAUGAAGAGGCAAAUGUUUUCUUUCAUUUGA